AUGAAAAACGUUGAUGUAGAGGGGCCUCAGCCCGAGGGUCACCCUCAUGACCAUGAACUGGCUCCUGUACCACUUGGCUCAACUCUUGAGGACCUGCAAACCGAAGACCAGCGAAGAAUUCUCGACACCAUCACCCAACUGCGGAAAUGUGGCCUUGACGGCAUUCUCUCUCUCCCUGACAUUGUCGUAUGUGGGGACCAAUCAGCCGGCAAAAGCUCCGUGCUAGAAGCACUCACUGAAAUACCCUUCCCAAGAAACGACAACCUCUGCACGCGAUUUGCCACGGAGAUCAGUCUCCGUCGAGAGCUUACCGAAAGCCUUACAGUCAGAGUAAUCCCAGACAAUGAUCGAAGCCAGGAGGAUCAAAAACGAAUCAAGGAAUUUUCGGAAUCCAUCACUGAUCUCAAGGACCUAGCCUUCAUCAUGGACGCUGCGACGAAAGUCAUGGGCAUCAAUAAUGGCGACAGUAGCGACUCACAGUCAGAACAGGCGCCGGGAAGCGCUUUCUCCAAAGACACGCUGAGCAUCGAGAUCAACGGGCCCGACCGCCCUCAGCUAACCCUAAUAGAUAUCCCAGGCCUUAUCCAGUCCGCGACGAAAGGCGUCUCGGAGGCGGACGUGGCCAUGGUCACGGAGAUCACAGACCGGUAUAUCAAGAGGCCCCGUACUAUCUGUUUAGCCGUUGUCUCGGCGACCAACGACGCAGCCAACCAGCCUAUCCUUCAGCGUGUUCGUAAGUUCGACCCUCAAGGCGAGCGUACCCUCGGGGUUAUCACGAAGCCCGACCAAUUGCCAAGUGGAUCCGGGUCCGAGUCCAAGUUUCUCGAGCUCGCGUGCAAUAAAGACGUCUUUUUCAAGCUCGGAUGGCACGUCAUCAGGAAUCGCCGGUUUGACGAGAACGGUUUCUCAUUCGAGGAACGCAACGCAGCUGAGGCGGAGUUCUUCCGCACUUCAAACUUCAGCGUUCUGCCGAAAGAUAUGGUUGGUAUCGAAGCGCUGCGGGCGAGGUUGAGUUUCCUCUUAUUUGAACAUGUCAAGGCCCAGCUGCCGCAGCUCCGGGAGGACCUUGAGCGGGCUCUGCAGACGGACAGGGAUGAGCUGAAUUUGUUGGGCGAUGUCCGUUUGACUACUGCGGCAUGCCGUGUAUACCUGACAAAACUCAGCAUGGAAUGCCAGGAAAUCUGCAAGGCGGGUCUCAACGGGAAUUACGAGCACGAGUACUUCAAGCUGGGCGCGGAGGAGAUGUUCUCGUUGAAGAACAAGAGCACCAUCGCCCGAUUGCGAGCUGCUAUACAGUACAGUAACAGCAAGUUUGCCGAACAGGUCCGAAAAAGGGGACACAAGUACAUCUUCUCAUCUGAGACUGAUGAAGAACAGCCCAGUGAACAGCGCCGGGAGGGAGAUCCCACAACUUUGCCGAAGUCACUCUCCCAGAAGGAAUCACUGGCGUGGGUUCAGAAGAUGCUUCUCCUUUCGAGGGGCACAGAGCUAAUUGGAAACUUCAAUCCCCAUCUUAUCGGGGAGCUGUUCUGGGAGCAGUCUCAGCCCUGGGAGAAUCUGGCUAGCAAUCAUAUCGAGCAAGUCAGCCAGCUGUGCAUGAAAUUCCUUACCAAUCUGCUUGAACAGAAGGUUCCGAAAGAAAUACAAGGUCGCAUUUGGUCGUUCAUGGUCGAGAAUACGCUGAAACAGCGGAAGCAGGCAGCAUAUGACGAGCUGGCAAAGCUCAUCCGCGACAUCAAGGAUUUCCCCAUCAACUACAACCAUUAUUACACCGACAUCAUCGAACAGCGGCGUCAAGAGAGGCUGGAAAACCGCUUGGAAACCUUUAUCGCAGGAAAUAUCGCACACGUGUCGCACGAGAAAUGCAGCCGUGGCCACCAUUAUGAGAAAUACAGCCCAGAGAUUGACGCCAGGAAGCUUAUCUCAUCCUGCUUGAAGAGCAACUCCACUACCACAACCAUCGACAUGGACAUGUUCAGCGGCGAGGAGGCUCUAGAUUGUUUGCAAGCUAUCUAUAAGGUGCAGUACAAGACUUUCCUUGCCAACGUCACGACGCAGGUGGUUGAACGGCAGAUGAUCCGGGGGCUCGACAAGAUAUUCUCGCCGCUAGUCGUUAUCAGCAUGGCAGAUAACGAGGUCAAUACCAUAACUGCAGAGCGGCCAGCUACCAAGAGACAGAGACUCUUCCUAACGAACCGUGUUCAGAAAUUGGAGGAGGGUCGCCGGAUCUUUCAGGAGUUGAUCAGCACACAGUUUGUGCCCGAAGUGAAUGGGAAUUGA